AGAUCUACACUCCUAAACACUGGGUGGAUACUCCGCACAUGGAAGCAAUGCUCAACCUUGUGAGGAGGCGCUAUGGGGUCAGUUGCGUGAGUCUAGGAUUGCUAUUCUCGACACUUGGUUCUGUAACAUGUUAACAACCGAGUUACGUCGAUACAAGGCUUCCAAGAAGAAAUCAGGGUUCGCUUGGAACAACAUUAUAAAGAACUACGUCUUAGGUAAUGUCCACAACCGAUCCACCAACCUGGCAUGGUACAAAGACGUUGAUACUGUAUAUCUUCCUAUGAAUUGGGGAAAACGGCACUGGGUGGCACUUGUAAUUCGGUUGAGGAAGGGCAAUAUCUUUGUCCUUGAUCCAUUAAUUAUCAACACCCCUCCCAAAAAGGUUCCGCAUCUUAUGCGCCCUGUCAUAGAUCUGCUCCCAGUGAUUGUUAAAGAGUUCGUCGACCCAGCAUUAGUUGACUGCCCUCUCCCCCAUGUCUUUAGUCUUGAAAGGCUUCCCAAUGUUUACCAGAAUGACAGGACCGGAGACUGUGGUCCUCUUGCUGUCAAGUUUAUCGAGCUCCAUGCAUUGAAGGUCAUGCCUGAUUCACUUACUGAAGAUCUUGUGGACAAGUUACGCAUGUCGUACGCAGUUGAUGUCUACCAAGAAUUCGUGGUCCCUCUAACAAAUUGACCCUAUUAUAGAUCGGUUAACUGACAUAUGUCCUACUAUGUUGAUGUCUACCAACAUUAUGUUUCCCUUUUGCGAACCUGAACUUGUGGUGUGUGUUUAAUUACUACGGUUUAUGACUUUUGAUCCCUAUG